ACACAGACACACACCCGCCGGCCAGCGGCCACACGCUAUCAGCUGGAGGUGGGGAGGGUGCAGGAGCGGGGAGCUGCGGCCCGCCCUGCCGCCGUCUGCCUGGCCUGCCCACCCGCGCACACGCCCUCCUGCCUGGCCAGGCAUCGAGAUCCGGGAUCAGCGGAGGAGUAGGGUGGGGGCGGGAGUGGGGGCCCAGAGGGUAGGUCCCCUCCUUCCCCAGCUCCCCACCCACUCGCCCACCCCAAGCCGGCUUUUAUCUGGUUAUUUAUGCUCUGGGAAAGCACGCUGGGCUCCUGGAAGAGUCUCCUAUUACCUGGACUGUGAGCAAAAGCUGCAACCCCGGAUCUGCGUCUGCCCCUGACGGCUUGGGGCCCCAGAGCAUCUGGGCCUCAGUGUCUGGGAAGAGGCCCCGCACUAGGCCAGCAGCCUGGACAGUCACCGAGGGAUGAGGGCGCCACAGCCUGGGGGAGCGCCCUCUCUGCUCUCGCGGCCCCGAGCGCGCAGCGCCCAGGAGCCGGACAGAGCCUGACGCCCGCGUCGUCUCCCCUCGCGCACGGGAUCCCGAGAGUGAUCCGACCGUCCACAUCCUUGCUGCAUGGAACGGCUGCAGAAGCAACCACUUACCUCCCCUGGGAGCGUCAGCUCCUCCCGAGACUCCAGUGUUCCCGGCUCUCCCUCCGGCAUCGUGGCCAAGAUGGACAAUCAAGUGCUGGGCUAUAAGGACUUGGCUGCCAUCCCCAAGGACAAGGCCAUCCUGGACAUCGAGAGGCCUGACCUCAUGAUCUAUGAGCCCCACUUUACCUAUUCUCUGCUGGAACACGUGGAGCUGCCCAGAAGCCGGGAGCGCUCGCUGUCACCCAAAUCCACAUCCCCCCCACCAUCCCCAGAGGUGUGGGCCGAGAGCCGGUCUCCUGGAACCCUCUCUCAGGCUUCAGCCCCCAGAACUGCUGGGACCCCCCGGACCAGCCUGCCCCAUUUCCACCAUCCUGAGACCACUCGCCCAGAUUCCAAUAUCUACAAGAAGCCCCCCAUCUACAAGCAGAGAGAGCCCACGGGAGGCAGCCCUCAGAGCAAGCACCCCAUUGAGGACCUCAUCAUCGAAUCCUCCAAGUUCCCUGCAGCCCAGCCUCCCGACCCUAACCAGCCGGCCAAGAUCGAAACGGACUACUGGCCGUGUCCCCCAUCACUGGCUGUUGUGGAGACAGAAUGGCGGAAGCGGAAGGCAUCGAGGAGGGGGGCCGAGGAGGAGGAGGAGGACGACGACGACGACUCUGGGGAGGAGAUGAAGGCACUCAGGGAGCGGCAGAGAGAGGAACUCAGUAAGGUUACUUCCAACUUGGGAAAGAUGAUCUUGAAAGAAGAGAUGGAAAAGUCAUUGCCUAUCCGGAGGAAAACCCGCUCUCUGCCUGACCGGACACCCUUCCAUACCUCCUUGCACGCAGGAACGUCUAAAUCUUCUUCCCUCCCCGCCUAUGGCAGGACCACCCUGAGCCGGCUCCAGUCUACAGACUUCACCCCAUCUGGGAGCGAGGCUGAAAGCCCAGGCCUGCAGAAUGGAGAGGGCCAGAGGGGGAGGAUGGACCGGGGGAACUCCCUGCCCUGUGUGCUGGAGCAGAAGAUCUAUCCUUAUGAAAUGCUGGUGGUGACCAAUAGGGGGCGAACCAAGUUGCCUCCAGGUGUGGAUCGGAUGAGGCUGGAGAGGCACCUGUCAGCAGAAGACUUCUCUAGGGUCUUCUCCAUGUCUCCUGAAGAGUUUGGCAAGCUGGCUCUGUGGAAGCGGAACGAACUCAAGAAAAAGGCCUCUCUCUUCUGAUGGAUGGCCCCCACCCGCUCCAUGACUGACGCUCACCCCUGCUGCUUCAGGACCCUGGAGCUGGGGUCCCAAGACCCCAGGGCAUCAUCUCUUGGUGGGGGGAGGAGGGAGGUGGUGCAGGGUUGGGGUUGGCUCCAUCACCCAAGUUGAGGGGGAGCAAGACCUCUGCUGUAUUGGGGUUGUGGGGUGUGGACUUUCUUUCCCAUGAUGAGCUGGGACGGGGGAGGGGGCCUCCUUCCCUCAUCCGUGGUCCUCACAGUACAGGGCAAGCCCAGUGUGGACCCCAGCACACACAGAGUUAAUGUUUGCAUCCUCUUCCUGCCCCACCCCCACAUGAAUGUCCCCAGAAGAGAGUGAUGAGAAAUGAACACGGCACUUAGUGGUCAGGCCUAUCUGCUGGGUGGUGAGAUCUCUUGGGCCUGGUAGGAGGUCCCAUGAGCGGGGGGAGCAGCCAGGUAGGCAGAGAGCACCCCAGGACCCCGUGUGUACCCAAGCACUCCUCUGCAGCUCACCUGGGACAGGUUCCCCUGCACCUGGGCCUCCCGCCUCUCAGCUUUCAGCAGGGAGGCCACCUGGUCCUCCAGCUCGCACCCUGCCCUGCCCUUGCGACCCCCAAGCUUCAAAGCCUCUUGCUCUAGCCCCAUGGCUUCCCCAGAAGCCUGGGGCGUAGAGUGGAGAUGUCGCCUAUACAGACCCCCCAGCCCACCAUCAGCCUGCAGGCGGGGUUGGCUAGAAUGCUGCCUUCUAGCAUCCAGGUCUUGGGCGGAACCCAUCUCCUUGGAUGGGAUCAGGAGCCAGGCUGAGUCCUGGCCACCGGUUCCGCCCAUGCCCGUGCACCCCCCACCACGCUCUCUAAAGAAUGUAAUUUAUUGGGGCACCCCCAGCUGCUUUCCUCACCUUACUCUCUGCCCUACCCUAAUCACGCUCCCAGCUUUUCUUCUCUCCAAAUACACAUGUGUAUAUAAUUAUAUAUAUAUUUUUGCCCGGGUCUGGGUUUUGUUCCUGCCCAGACCCUGAGAUCCCUUUCUGCCGUGUGUGUG